AAAUAUUUCAUCAAGCGUUGUGAAUGCUGAUGUGUCGAAAGAUGCUUCGGUUAAUUUAUGGACAUCAUCAUCUACAAGUCAUGAUUCUGCUUCGUGUCCUUUUACUGCAUCGGCUAAAGUUGUUACAGCUUCUCAGACAGACUGUAAGGAUUCGAAAAAUCUAGAAGAUUCUGCUAAGGAAGUAGUUGAAGAUAAACGGGAAGAAACGUUAACUUUAGCGGAAGUCGACCUAGUUGCAGGUGAAAGAGAAAUGCCAGUUAUUCGACAGCAUUGCCGAGCUCAUAAUUCCGAUGCUAAUAAACAGAGGUGUAAUAAUCUUGGACCUUUUCAUUUCGAGUUAAAUGAUGUACACAACAACGGUGCUGAAAAGAAUAAAGAAUCUCUCUGCAGGUCACGGACAGCAGUACGUUUAGUGUAUAAAUGCAGACUGUUGAUUAAUACUCUCAGUUGGUUACAAAUGCCUGCUGCUCUAGUUGACUCACGAACUUUGAGAAUGGUUGCAAUUAAUGAGGUGGGUAGUUAUGUAAUGGCUACAUGGCGCAACGACUUCCAAUGUCUUGCUGAGGUUCUAGCCCAUCGUCAGCGACAUGGUACAAGAGCAGAGUAUCGCAUACGUUAUAUUUGGGAUCGCGUUGUAGAAUGGACACCCGUCAGCAAGUUACGCAAAGCAACUCAGUACGAAAUCGAUUAUGUCUUAAAAUUCUGUAAAGAGCAAGGUACACUAUCCACAAAUAAAAUCCCUAGUAAAUUUGAUCUGCAGUAUUCAUGUAGUAGUAGCAAUGAUUCUGCAUCAGGAACAUCUCAAGCUAAAAGAAUAAGGACAAAUGUGUCAGAAAGCAAGUCAAUAGACCGCACUUCGGAUCCUGAAACACAUCGCUAUCGGUCACGUCCUACUCAUGUAAGUACAAGUGGUUUCUCUGUCUUAGAAGACAAGAAGACUCUUCUUCCAAAAUUAUUUGAUGAAAUCAUCGAACAGGAUGGGAUGGUUUGUGAUAAGAGUGUUUUCCAGUUUCACGAAGCCUGUCGAAGACGUCGUGAAUUGAAAAGAAAAGCUAUCGAAGAGAACGACACAUGUCCAUAUAGAUUCGACAGUUCUGUAUCUGUUUUGAGUCAAACAUUCACCAUCAGGUCAAACCAUCAGAACAGACGUGGUCUUAAUUUAAAACAUAAUUCUAUAAGAACCGAAAAUUAUGCAGCGGAAGCUACAGUAGCAUCCUCACCGGUAUCAUCGAAUUCAUUUUGCCAGAAAAGUGAUAAAAUAAAGGGAACCAUUACCCUAUGCGGACCCAACGAGAUGUGUAAACGAACGCUGGGAGUAGAGCGGAAUAUCCGAGCGGAUGAAUCAUUUGUCAGAGUUCACGUGUUUCCUGGAAACCUGACCAGAAGGAAUAUUUUGUCGUUUAUAGCAUUAAUCUUUGAUCCCGGAGGAGGUAUAUGGAAACAUAUUAUAAAGUCAACGAGAAGGAAGCCACAACAUGGAGACUCACCGUUAGUAAACAAUACUAGUUUGCUGAGAAAUCUUUGGGUGGAAGCUAUAGUUAGAGAAGUCAAUUAUGGUCCCGAUGGCCGAUUCAGAACGAUUCGAUUGAAGAGACACCGUAGACAUCAACCGAGAUAUACGAAACCUAUGCCUAAUGGAAGAGGUCGAUUAUUCGAGCGCGACGGCAACGAGGUCUGGACGUGGUGACCGCUUCGGGGGGAGUGUUAGUUAUUUUAUAACUAAUUGUAGUUAUGUCAUAACUAACCAAUCAGAUUGGUUAAGCGCUCACCACGUCAUCUAGUCUGACCGGUCUAUGGACUUUCUUGUUGUGAACGGCCUAUCGAUUGAAGGAUGUUAUUAUUUUAUUUUAUAUAGAUGUGACUCAUGUUUUUUAUUCAUUUUCUAAAGACACGCUAUACUGUCCGGUACGUUUGCUCAUCCUGCUUGAUAAUUGUAAUUUCCUUAUUUAUUGUACUAAAUUAAUCGUUUUCUUUUUGUUUAGAAACAGAUAAAGUUUAAUACCGAAUUGUCUUCUGUUAACUAUAGUUUCACUUGGGACUCUGUCA